ACUAACAACAUGGUUCAGUGGACAGAUUUUGAGCGCGCUACCAUUCAGGACGUCUUCUCCAAGAUCGAUUACAGUUCUGUGGGGCAUCAAGCACUGGCAAGGUGUCUUGUGGUGUACCCAUGGACUCAGAGGUACUUCGGUAACUUUGGAAACUUGUACAACGCCGCUGCAAUCGUGGGAAACCCCAAGGUUGCUGCGCACGGUCUGACUGUACUUCGUGGUUUAGAGAAGGCUGUGAAUAACAUGGAUAACAUAAAGGCCACAUACGCGGACUUAAGCGUGCUGCACUCUGAGAAACUCCAUGUGGAUCCUGACAACUUUAGACUCUUGGCUGACUGCAUUACUAUCGUCGUUGGCUCUACCAUGGGCGCUAGCUUCACAGCUGAAGUACAGGCAGCUCUGCAGAAGUUCUUGGCUGUUGUAAUCGCCGCUCUCGGAAAACAGUACCAGUAG